AUGCAUUCAUCCAUACCACCAAAUGUUUAUGUGGCGCUUAAGCUGCCGUCAGACGUCACGAAGAUUAUACAGACAGUACCUAACUCGAACAUAUCUCUUGGGAAGUAUGGGUCGUUUCCAUGCAACCAAAUAAUUGGCAGACCGUUUUAUGCAACUUUUGAGAUUGCAGACAAUCCAGAUGAUGACGGCCAUGUCCUGCAUAUUGUGCCCGCAGCUGAGCUUCAUACUGAGGCGCUACUUGCAGAUGGUGAGGGUGAGGGCGAGGGUGAAGCUGGGACAAGCACUCCAUCUGUGCCAUUUCCUCAAGAGGAUAACAGGCACAUCAUUGACAACAAGAGCACACAGCAGCUUACAAUGGAGCAGAUUGAGGAGCUAAAACAGUCUUCUACUGAUGCAGGGAGAGAGAUCAUUUCAAAACUGCUUGAGUCGCAUUCUGCACUUGACCAGAAGACGCAGUUCUCGCGUGCCAAGUAUAUGCUUAGGAAACGCAAGAAAUACCUGCAUCGAUUCACGGUGGAGCCAAUGGAUGUAGGGGUGCUGACUGAAUGGAUGCUUGAGCAGAAAGAUCCGGGGCGGGUUUUGGAAUUGCGGGAUGAAACUAUAGGUUUAAUUGGAGCUUGGGCUAAUGUACAUUAUGGCGGCGGCGGGGAGUCUGAUGGUGCGGCAAAGGUGAAUGGGGCGGUCAAUCAGGCUAAAGGACGAUGGUUGAUAGUGGACGAUACCGGUGGCCUGGUCGUCGCCGCCAUGGCAGAAAGGGCAGGCAUUCUAUAUCCUCCCGAAGUGCUCUCUGGGGAGGGACUUGGCAGCAUUACAAAACAGGGAGCAAGACCUGCACAGUCUGUGGAGGAUGAGACGCCAGCAGUGGAAGCAAUGCCUGCACCCCACACGACAUUAACGGUUAUUCAUCACAAUUUACAGCCGAACUUGAGCAUGCUCAAAUACUUCUCUCAUGAUAUCAAUGAACCUUCGGAAACCCAUCCACUGUCUUCUCACCUGAAGACCUUAUCGUGGCUGCAGCUUCUCCAUCCAUCUGAGGACGCAAUAUAUGAAAUGGAGCCACCCGAGAUUAGCGAGGAGGAACUGGCGAGCUGGAAACCCUCCAAACGAUCAAUGCAUUUCAAAAAGAAACGGCGCUGGACAAGAGUACGUAAUACGGUUGACGAAACAAGAGCAGGCGGAUUUGACGGACUUAUUGUUGCAACUCUAAUGGAUCCUGCAUCUAUACUCAAAUACACGGUCCCUUUGCUGGCUGGGUCGGCACAGGUGGUGGUGUACUCACCAUACAUUGAACCACUGGUGCAGCUAGCCGAUCUCUACUCAACUGCACGCAGGACCGCAUACAUCACCUAUAAGCGAGAGGUGGCAGAAGGGGCUGCAGAAGAUAAGGAGGAGGACUUCCCCGUUGACCCAACGUUGCUGCUAGCGCCCACGUUACACACAUCUCGAGUGAGGACGUGGCAAGUGCUUCCCGGUCGAACACACCCUCUCAUGACUGGCCGGGGUGGAGCGGAAGGAUAUGUUUUUCACGCAGUUAGGGUAUUGCCCGCAAUAGGGAAGGUUGAAGCCCGAGGUGUUCAAGCGAAGAAGCGACGAACAGAGAUUUCAUGA